AUGGCCCAUCCUCCUCUGCAUCGAGGGAAGCAUGCCACCGCUGUAAUUUCAGAAUGUCAGCAAUUAACAGACCUCAUAAACAACAAAACAGAGGUUACACUUGAUGGAGAGUCACUCAAUGUGAGUGAAGUUGUUGGCGUUGCGUGUUACCAGAUACCGGCGUCAAUCACUACAGAUCCCCGAGUCCAUGCCAAAUUGAGAGAUAGCGUUCAUCACCUCGAUCGAAAACUGGCCAACGGUGAGAUAAUCUACGGCGUCAAUACGGGCUUCGGGGGCAGUGCAGACACCCGGACAGACGAUCAUACAACCCUACAGCAAGCAUUAAUCCAGCACCAGGCGUCUGGAGUACUGCUUCCAACGGACCGCCAUGGCCAACAGUGGGCGAAAAGUCAGACUCCACGCAUACGGAAUCCAUACGGCUCGACAAGCCUCAGCAUGCCAUCUGCCAUGGUGAGGGCUGCCAUGCUCAUUCGCUGUAACUCUCUGUUGCGCGGGCACUCAGCCGUCCGGCAAGAGGUCAUCGAACAUAUUCUGGCCUUUCUACGCGGUGGCCUCACCCCGGUGGUGCCGCUGCGAGGGAGUAUAUCGGCGUCAGGUGAUCUGUCUCCGCUGUCGUACAUUGCCAGUGCGCUGGAAGGCAAUCCAGACAUCUCCGUCCGAAAGGAUCUAACCGAAGACGUGAUGUCCGCCGACAAAGCACUCCAGCUGUUGGGGCUUGUACCACUCAGUUUCGGCCCGAAGGAAGGCCUGGGCCUGCUCAAUGGCACGGCAUUUAGCUGCGGUGCGGCAAGUCUGACCCUCUACCAGGCCAACCAACUCGUUGUCCUAUCUCAAAUCCUCACCGCGAUGGGGACAGAAGCUUUGGCCGGCUGCAGAGAAAAUUAUCAUCCGUUUAUUGCCGAGGCGCGUCCGCAUCAUGGUCAAAUCGAGGCGGCAUCGAACAUCUACGCUCUACUGCGGAAUUCCCGCCUACUCAAGGCGUCAGUCGACAGGUCCAACGAUAGCUUGGCCCAGGAUCGCUACGCUCUUCGAACAGCGUCACAAUGGAUCGGUCCCCAGAUCGAAGACAUGCUGCUCGCUAUGCGUCAGGUGCAUUGUGAGUUUAAUUCGACCACCGACAACCCUUUAAUCGAUCCGACAAAUGGCCAUGUCCAUCACGGCGGCAACUUUCAGGCUGCUGCAAUUACUGCGGCCAUGGGAAAGAUUAUGAACGUGAUGCAGAUGCUAGGGAAGAUGAUCUUCUCCCAGUGCUCAGAGCUGAUCAAUCCGGCCUUGAACAACGGGCUACCCCCGAACUUGAGUUUCGACGACCCCAGUCUCUCGUUCACCAUGAAAGGGGUCGAUAUCAAUAUGGCCGCCUAUAUGUCUGAGUUGAGUUAUUUGAACCACCCAGUCAGUAACCAUGUGCAGUCGGCCGAGAUGCAUAAUCAAAGCCUGAACUCGCUGGCUUUGAUAGCCAGUCGAUAUGCCGCCGAGACUGUGGAAGUGUUGUCGUUGAUGAUGGCCGCUUAUAUGUAUGUGCUGUGCCAGGCUGUCGAUCUCCGCACCUUACAGGUCGAGUUCAUGGAAACGGCGAAAUGCGAGAUCAACACCAUAACCGCUGAGAUUUGUGAUUCUGCCUGCCACCUUGCCGAAGCUGAGUUACAGCAUAUCCAAAAUACGAUGUGGCAUGAGAUCAUGCAACACUGGGCUCGCGGCAGUACGAGUGACCUCCACGACCGAAGCCAGAUGGCAGCACGUAACUCCUUGGGAGCGUUGGUGCAGCUACUGCCUGCGCCUAAGACCACCACGUCGGUUGCUGCUUGGCUCACUGCGCAGCACAACUGGGUCAAUCGAGUUGCGAACGCCUUACAAACCAGAUACUCUGCGGUACGGGAGCAGUUUCAGGCAAAUCCUACCACAAAAGGCUACCUUUGCAGGAGCUCGCGGAAGAUAUACGAGCUGGUACGUGAGAGGCUAGGGGUGCCAUUACACCGCGGGAUUGUUGACCACCCGACGUAUGCUGCGCCGGGCCACGAUGCCAAAGAGAAACAAUGCACGGGCUCCCAGGUCAGCAAGAUAUACACAGCUUUACGAGAAGAUGAGUUUCGAGAGGAACUGCGAGAAUGUUGGGCAGACUCAAGAGAGCUUUGUCGUCCAGGACAUACAUUUGGACCGUAUUUUCUCUCGCCUGUCGCGGGAACAGUUGUGAAAGUUGCUCACAUCCCUGGAACAUACUUUGCCGCGGAUCCAUCGAGAGGCUUUGAAAAUCUCGACUCGACCACAUGGAAACCGUGCCCGGACUGUCAGGCUCCUGAUGCCUCGCUUAAUAUGCUUGCAUUGAUGGCCACCAGAAAAGCAAUCAAGUGCCCUGAGAACGGUGGUGUUCCUUGCAAUCGGCAUGGCGGAGGUAUUGAGUUGUAG